UACAGAAAUCCUUUAUUUCAACCUUCAAAGCCUGUCCCCAACUAGAUUCUUCCCUUGCAGUUAUAGCUAACCCCAUCGUCCAUGUUAUAUCUAAGCCUUUUUCACCCCUUUCUAACACACACAUACACAAAGUGAUCUCACACAACCCUUUUGAAAUCAGAACUACAAUAGAUAUAUCCUCUCUCUCCUUUCGUUUUCUCUCUGCAAAUCCAAAAUGAAGAGAAAAUGGGAAGACCCACAAGGAGACAACUUCAAUUCUCCAACUGAUAAUAUCGAGCUCCACCUCGAGACUCCAUUGCCUUUGGAGUGGCAACGAUGUCUAGAUAUUCAGUCAGGAGAGAUACAUUUCUUCAACACAAAGACUCAAAAGAGAACCUCAAUGGAUCCAAGAAGAAAUAAAUUAGAGGGUCCUACUACUACUCCUAAUAGAAGCUUCCAUGCAAGUGAUCAUCAAGCCUUGAGCCUGGACCUUGAGCUCAAUCUAAAUUGUCAAUCAAAGAAGAAGAUCAUGAGCAAUAAUAAUGAUGAUACUGGUGGUGGUUUGCUGAAAUUACAAGCAAAUAAUUAUGGGAUCAGUUGUCCAUGGCUAAGAUUUGAAAGAGAGCAACAAGAAAUGGUUGCAAGAGUUUGCAUGCAAUGUCAUUUAUUAGUUAUGCUUUUGAAAUCCUCACCUACAUGCCCAAAUUGCAAAUUCAUACACCCAAUAACAGAUCAUCAUCAGUACCUCCAAAAUAACCCUCCAACUACUACUACUACUACAACAACAGCAACAACAACAACCUUCUUUUUACCUAAUUCUCUCCCUACUGAGAAUAAUAAUAAUCAUCAUCAUCAAACUGAGUCCUUAAAGAGUUUCUUCCCAAAUCCUAUUCAAAAUAAAGUUUAGUUCAUUUCUUUUCUUUUCUUUUUAUUUAUUCAUUUAGUAUUUUAAUUACAUAUAUACUGAAUUAUCAGGGAUAUAUGUUUAGAGGUAAAACCCCUUUUGUUUUCGGGAAUGUGUAAUUAUAUAUAUGAAAAAAGAAUCAUUACAUUACAUUGGAUCAUCAUUGAUCAUGGUUA